AAGCUGUGACUCUAUUUUCCACCCAAAAAAAAAAAGAGGAGAGGGCCUUGUUCCACUUUCUACCCCCUACCUUGUUUUUGUGUAUUUCCACUCUCCCUCACACGCAUCUUUAAACAAUGGCAACAGCAUUCCGUCAGGGCCUUAGUACGUAUUCAUAAGCAAGAGAAAAACGACACACUACCUACAAGAAACUAACAUUAUUAUUAUUAUUUUUAAAAAAAAAGACAAGGUGUAUUUACCCAACAUUGUUUUUAAAAUGGUACGAGCACCCAAUCUUCAACCUAACCAAGUGGCCUUCCGUGUCCCACCCAGCUGUAACAAGUUUGACAUUCAUUCGUACUUGACCAACAUUUAUGGUGUGGAUGUCCAAGAAGUGCGUACCAUGAAUUAUGCAACUGAACAUAAAAAGGCACGUAACGGCAAGAUGGAAGUGAAAUCAGCUUCUUACAAGAAGGCUAUUGUGACCCUGAACGAGACAUUCCAUUGGCCUAAGGACCCCGAGUGGUGCAAGUUGGACCAGGAACAAGGUAAACUUGGUUCCAAGGCAGCUGGUCGUAAAUUAAAGGGAUGGCGUUUCAGAGGUACCGAGGAGGAAAGAUCCAAGUUGAAGAACGUCAAUGAUCAAAUUCAAGCAAGAAUGGAAGCUGAGCAUAAGCAGAAAUAAAUCAUCAUCCCCCCGCCAGCCAUUAAAAAUUAUCAUGUAAAUAAAAUACUUUAGAAAUGUGAAGCAUCAUCUAUAUAUAUAUAUAUAUCUAUACAC